AUACAUUUCCUACUUCACUUUCAAUAAAUGAAACUCGAGGAAAAACGUUUGUAUAUUAAUAUUUGUGCUACACAUAAUUUUAGGUCAACAUUCAAUUUUUUUGAAGUGACAUUUGCUGUUUGGCUCUUCGUUUCCUUCCUCCUAUUUUGAAAUCUCAGCAGCAGGGGAGUUCUACUUCGCUGACCUUCUCAAGUGGCCAAAACAUUUCUGCUACCAAAAUCCAAAGACCUUAUCUCGUUUGAUUCCGUGUAUGUGACUAAACUUGCCACUAGGCGGAAAUGACAUUACAUGACGUGGCAUUUUUAAAAGCUAUGAAACUGCAUCGUCGAAUUCAGGUGGCAUGACAGUGUAACAGCAGAAAAACAUCACAUUUCAGACGGCUCAGACAUUCAGAACUCGCUCUGAUUCCCUUCACUUCAGUCUGUUAAUGGUUCAACCUGCAGUGGUAACACUCAGCUCUGUGCAAACACCGGCCCCUCCACAAGCAUCGCUGCCGCACUCAUUUAUCAGCAUGUUUUUAAGACCACAUAGUAAAAUCGCAUUGAGAUACAUUUAGGUUUAAUCAUCACUUCGACUCAAUUAUUUUGGGAAUUGUCAUUCAAUGUAUUCUUGAGUCCAAAUAUUUUAUAGAUGACCGACCCAAUUGAAGUCAGAUCUCUCCAUGUGCUGCAUAAGAAGACACAAUCUUACUCUUCUUGCUCUAAAUCAGACUAAACUUUUCCUGUUUUAGGUCAGUUGGGCUCACCUAAAAUAUUUCUACUUGUCAAAUGCCAGAGUGAUGAACGAGAGUUCACACACACCUUUUCACUUCUGCCCAGGGGUUUGUAAUUGAUUUGGAGGUAUGCAGGUCUGAGUCGUUACUUUUUUCUGCUUGACAUUCUUUCCUUGCGCUGCCACCUAUUUUGUGAAGUUCACCAGUCCAUCCUGCAGCAGAAAGAUCAACUUUUUUUUUCUAGAUGUCAUUACACUCUUUAGGCCCAACUCUUUAGUUUAGAUCAAACUAAUAUCAGAUUUUAAGGGGAAUAAGAGUUGUGCGUGUUUCUGUCCUGCUGAGUAUAAACAUCUGGUUUCAACUUUAAAUAAAUAUCAGAUGUGUUUUAAAAUUCUUUCUGCAAUUUUUGGUUUGUAACAAACGAUCUAGGCAAUAUCCGACUUUGUGUUUAUGUCUCUUACGUUAUCUUUUGAUGUAUUUGGUUUGCAGGCCAAUCAAAUUAGUGUGCGUCUUGAAGCUUUGUCUGUCUAACAAGAAACAUUUCCCCAUUACUUUAAACAAGGGAAGUGAAAAAAUUAUUAAAAGUUAUUAUCAAGGAUCAGGUGGUUAAAAAAAAUGUUCCAGCAAUUUCUCUUUUCCUAAUCAGAAGCAGAAAUUGCACAUCUUAAUGACUGGGAUGAACCAUUACAUGUUUAUUUUGUGUUAUGCAAACACUCCUUUUCUCACAUUUGCUUUAUUUGGUUAAAAUAAAAACAUUACACACCAUUUUCCAUUUACAUAAAUCAAAGCGCCGUCUCUCCACUGGUUUGUUUUAUCUUUUGCUUGCCAUGCAAUUCUCUCUGUCCACAGGAUGUAUUUAAACAGUAUGACAUGUUGACACAUAGAGCUGUUCACCGUUUCUUUUUCUUUUUUUUCUUUCUGCAAUCACUAUUGCCGAUCCAAACAUCCAACAGGAAAGAUAAACACUGCUAUCCAGUAAAAAAUUGACUAUAUUUAACCUCUUCUCUAGAGCAACAUGAGGUCACACCCACUGCAUGGGGAUCAAGCCAAUAGGAAGCAGGGCGAGGGUGAGCAAAGGGCUCGUUCUUAUCUUGAUAUAAACUCUGAAAGAGAUCAUAACUCUCAUCUACUGAGUCUGAACGCUCGGAUGACGAAGCAGCCGCUGAAGUCACGCAGGGGAGCAAAACAAAGAGAGAAACAGGUUUAAAAAGGAGCUGCCAACUCAGGUUGAGUCAGAAACUCUUCUGGUCGUCCAUAAAGCAGUGACUCUACAAGAGCGCAGCUGACAGCCUCUGGAUCUCCUUCCUCUCCCUGUGCUGCCUCCUCUUCUUCAACGAGACCAUGGAGGAGGUUUCUCCAGACACGGAAACCCCGUUGGCCCCCCAACCGCCCCGGCUCCUGGAACGGCGGGUUCGCCAGCAACAGCCGGCAGCCGCCAUCCUCAAAUCAAAGCUGAAAAACGGUUUGACCUGCUCUGGACCGAAGGUCCGGUCCACGCUGAUGGGGUUUUUCCCCGUGGUGCGCUGGCUACCAAAGUACAAGCUUAAAGAGUACAUCUGGGGCGAUGUGAUGUCUGGGCUCAUUGUUGGGAUCAUUCUGGUUCCGCAGGCCAUAGCGUACUGCCUGUUAGCAGGAGUGCCGCCCAUUUAUGGUCUGUACACCUCAUUUUACGCUAAUAUCAUCUACUUUCUCAUGGGGACGUCCAGACAUGUGUCCGUUGGGAUAUUCAGCCUCAUGAGUCUCAUGGUGGGACAGGUGGUGGUUAGGGAGGUUUUCGAGGCUGGUUUUGAUCUCAAUGAGGACUCCACACCAUCUCCUCAUGAACUAUUUAAUGAGACGCUGGACUUGAACUUCACUGAUAAACCCGAGCUCACCGUGGAGCUGAUGGGCAUGCAGCUGGGGAAAGAUUCCUACGCCAUCGCCGUCGCAGCUGCUGUUACAUUUCUGGCUGGUGUCUAUCAGAUUUUGAUGGCAGUGUUUCGGCUGGGCUUCGUCUCCGUCUACCUCUCGGCCCCCAUGCUCGACGGGUUUGCCACGGGAGCUUCUGUCACCAUCCUGACUGUGCAGGCGAAAUACCUCUUGGGUCUAAAGAUUCCUCGUCAUCAGGGCUACGGGACAGUAGUCGUUACCUGGUUUAACAUCUUCGCCAACAUUCACAAGACCAACCUGUGUGAUCUCAUCACAAGUGCCAUCUGCAUUGCAAUUUUAGUUGCGGGGAAAGAGAUCCAGGACCGCUACAAGGACCGCCUAAAGAUCCCCUUACCUACAGAGCUGGUAGUCGUGGCAGGAGCUACGCUCGCUAGCCACUUUGGGGAGUUCAACACCCGAUACCACUCCAGUGUUUCCGGUCACAUUCCCACAGGAUUUACUCCACCUCAGGUCCCCGCAUUCAGUAUUAUGCCACGAGUGGCACUGGAUGCCAUUCCUUUGGCAGUCAUUAGUUUUGCCUUCACCGUGUCACUGUCUGAGAUGUUUGCAAAGAAACACGGAUAUUCAGUCCGUCCCAACCAGGAGAUGGUGGCCAUUGGACUCUGUAAUGUCGUCCCCUCCUUCUUUCACUGCUUCACCACAAGCGCUGCGCUGGCAAAAACAAUGGUGAAGGAUUCAACUGGCUGCCAGACUCAGGUAUCGAGUCUGAUCAGUGCCUUUGUCGUCCUUCUUGUCCUCCUCUUCUUCGCUCCAUACUUUCGAGCACUUCAGAAAUGUGUCCUUGCCUGCAUCAUCAUUGUGAGCCUUCGGGGAGCACUGAGGAAGUUCAGGGAUGUGCCGGCCAAAUGGCGAGCCAGUCGAAUGGACGCCAUUGUUUGGCUGGUUGCCAUGUCAGCCACAGCUCUGAUCAGCGUGGAGCUAGGCUUGCUCAUUGGCAUUGUCUUUUCAAUGAGCUGCAUCAUCUAUAAAACCCAGAACCCAAAGGUCUCUCUCCUUGGCCGGGUCGACGACAUCGAUCUGUAUGAAGAUGUGGAGGAGUACAAGAAUCUAACAGCCCCUAGUCGGGUUAAGAUCUUCCGUUUCCAGGCUCCUCUGUACUUUGCCAAUAAGAACUUUUUCCUCAAGUCCCUCUACAAAGCUGUCGGGGUCGAACCUUUCUUGGAGCUGACAAAGAAGAAAAAGGCAGAGAAGAAGGAAAAAGACAAGUCCAAGAAGCAAGCCAAGACAAAUGGGGAGACAAACAACUUUGAUGUCUUUGUGGGGCUUGUCCAAAAAGAAUUAGAGUUCCACACUAUAGUGUUAGACUGCUCCGCCAUCCCUUUCAUUGACUCAACAGGCAUGGCCACUUUCAAAGCGCUGGUCAAGGAAUAUGAAGAGGUCGGCAUAAGUGUGCUUCUUGCAUGCUGCAACACUUCAGUCAUCGAUGCUCUCCAGAAGGGAGAGUUCUUUGGGAAGAACAACAAAGACAUAAGUAGCCUGUUGUUUUAUACAGUUCAUGCUGCCGUUCUUCAUGCAAACAGAGCAGCAGAAGAAAAGAAGGCCGAGGACUCUGUGGUGUAGAUUGACAGGAGGAAAUGAUUAUUUUCCUUUCGUCUACGUGCUCAAAAGUGAUUGUAGGCCACAACAAGGGUGUACUGGGUAGCGCUGAAAGAAUAACAGGGAAACUUUGUUAAUAAAACAAAGAGGUACGAAGAGUAGACUUAGCGAAAUGAAGAAUGUGUGCAUAUAAUUGUAUCCCCUGGAGUAAUGAUGGAUUAUGCUUUUUUUGGGAUAAAUUUGAAGGCCCAAAAGACCUUCAAAUUAGUAAAAAGCCAGCAAAUAUAUAUGCUGAUGAACAAAUUGAGUUUGAGAAAUUUCUCUCAAUGUUAAAUUUCUAUUUUUCUAAAAAGUGACUAAAGGUUUUGAAGGGCAAGUGAUUAAAAUCAUUUCACUAGUAGCAAUUAAAUCUGUCAGUGUGUUUUGGUUCACCAGGUUUCGACUUGUGCUCUCUUUUUUUUCGGCACCGUUACAGAUUUUAAUCUAUUACCUACACAAAGGACAGAGUCACUAGUGGAAAAUAUGUCGCUUUCUCCCAUGGAGUCUCUCCUUCCUUCCUUUCUGCACAAGGGAAAGGAGCUCAACUAAAGGCCAAGCCAAACACACCCAUGGCUUUUUACCCAAGGCAGUGCCUGUGCAUUAUUUUUAGUUAAGUGUAGAUGUGUUCAACAUUUUUAUGAAGUCUGACUAGACGUAUUUUGGAAUUGCUUUAGGAAUCUUGUCAGAGCAUUAAAAGAUGUAUUAAAACAGACAUAGCACUCUUGACUUUCUGAAGGAAAGCUUGUUUAACCUAACUGGAUCAUUGUUAGAAACAUGUUCAGGUAGGAAUCAGUGGCUUUCGUUAUUGAUUGAUGAGUGUCCCACAAACACUUGUGGAAAAGUAAAAGCGAUUUAGAGAGAACAUACAAAGUUCAUGUAGUCUUUAUUCCACACCUUCAGAUUCCAGGCUUGUAAAUUUAGCCACCAUUUCCUUAAGUGCCAACUUUCGCCUUUGCUAUAAAUCAUUUCUUAAAGGCUUGUUAAACUCUUCCUGACUAGCGGAAGAGAACAAGGACUUUGCUCGUCCUGAGAACCUUGCAUUUAGAAAACGGGUCAGUGGAGCACAUGCUCUGUUCUGAACAGUCAGCAGGAGCUAUAAAGAAGGGUUUGAGUAUUAGAUCUUUUGGUGCUUUUAAAAUGUUUUGAAUUUUUACUAAAGAAUCCAGUGGCAGCAGGUGGUGUCUCCAGUGUAUUUUGUAAAAAAUCUUUUUAAACUUUUUGUUGUUGUUUUUUUUAAUCAAAAACUUUGUGACUAGUGAAUAAGCUCAAACUGCUGCAUUUUAUUUUAUUUUUUUGUUAAACUACUGUUUUUCAUUGUCUCUUAUCCUGUUGAGAUCAAGACCGAUACCACGUCUAACUGCACAAUGUGAAAAACCGUACAAUAACAUGUAGACAUGAUCGUAAGUAUGGACUGCAUUACUAUUUAUGUAAAUUAAUUAGUAAACUCUUCCACGCAUUAAUUUAAUUUGUGUUUAGAUGUCUCUGUGUGUAAUUGUAACUUCUUUUUUUUUUUUAAGUAUAGCCAUUCAGCAUUCAGAAAAUUUUUUGUAAUAUUCAGUACUUGGAAUAAAAUGAGUCUUUAGUGAA